GGCGCGCUUUGGGGCGCCUCAUUAUGCAGGCGCAUUAAAAGAAAGCAGCAGGGGUCAAAUGAGUAGUUUAAGGAGCAGGGACAAAAAAAGGGGGCAGGGACUGAGAGGAGGGAUUCAAAUUCUAAAUGAUGAGCUGUGCCUUUUGUCAGCGGGGUAUAUAGAGCGGAGAGAAGUCAGUCAGUUUGGAAAAGCGCAGAGUUUAGGCUCCCAUCAUGGCUGCUCCACACUACCUACGGAUUGUUUCAUUUGUUUUCUUACUAACAAGCGAUGUCGGAGUCUUGGGUCGCGCGUUGGACUCGCCUGGGUUCCGGUUACAGUCUGCACAGACCGCGGAUGGAUCAUCUAGACAGGUUUUACGCACGGAUAGAGAGACGCGGUGGAGGCGCGCGGCGGCGCGCUGCGCGGAGCUGGGAGGCCCCUGGAUGGAGAACAUGCAGCAGGCUCCCCGGGAUGGAUCCACGGUGCUGCAGCUCCGGGUGCGGCCCUUUUCCCCCGGAGCCUUGCGUGGGUUGGUUUUUCCCGGGAAAUCUCUCUUCAGUUUUAUCCGACGGGUUUACCGCUGCUGCAAGGAGGGAGGCGGCUGCAGGAGCGUUAAAGGGAUUCAAGGCAGGCUGAGAGGAGAUGCGGGUGUUGAAUUCGUCCUGACCAGGGAGAUUUUAGCGAUGACGGUGAGGAGAGCCGAGCUUCAUCUUCAGCUCUCCAACCCCCAGCAUCUCAACAUCACCCCCAUCAUUCCCUUCAUGGUGAAGCACAAUUUCCCCACCAGGUACAGCCUGAUUUCUCUGGGCGACGCAGUAGAGCUGAAGGUGGACCUCCUGUUCCUGUUGCAGAACCUGCAGGACGCGGCAGCCGGCGGCGGAGGAGGCGAUGGCCAUAGCUUGGUAAACAUGCACCUGGGGAGGCUUAUCUCCAAUGAGGAGCUAACAGGUGGAAAAACCUCUCUGAGAAUUCUGCAGGACACUGAUGGACAAAUGUGGGACGAUGGGGUUGAUAACGGGCUCCUGGCUCUGGAUGUGGGCCUGAUUCUGGGCUGCAGUCGGGCUGGAUCGGCCGUCCCCUGUGGAAGCGGGGGUGUGCACCUCGCACACGCACCCUUCAUGGCCUUUUAUUACGGAUGAUGGACUUUUCAGCAUAAAAUCAUUUCAUCCGUCAGAAAAUUUCAAACUUUAAGAUGUAUCAUGCACUUCAGUGUCAAGUUUAAUUUAUAGACAUUUUGCAAGCUCUACAUAUAUAGAUCUAUAUAUAUUAUAUAUAUAUAAAUAUGUAAAUAUUUUGUUUUUAAAGAUUAUUUUGUGAAUUUCUUUUGAUGAUAAAGUUCUAGAAAAACAAGGUGUGGUCUUUUCAUGUGGUAGAUGUGUUUCAGUCCACUUUGUUCAGCUGUUCUGCUUCUAGCUGAUGACUUUCCAGUGGGGUGAGACCACCUGAGCAAACACAGGGUGGGAACAUGGUGCUGUGACCCUGAGCAGGAAAAAACAGAAGCACUGUUAACCUGUAAAGUUGCUUCUCUAUGGGUUGGAACAUCAGCCAAAUGUCCAUUUUAUUUAGGUUUUUUCUACAGUUUCUUUUAAUUCUGAUGAUUUUGUCUAUAAACUGAUCAAAAUCCAAAAUAUUUUUUUCUAUAAUCUUGUAGAAAACUGAAUUUGCACAGACUUUAAACACAAAAGGGGCAAACAAACAGGUUUUAACAGAACUUAUAUUUCUAAAAAGCAAAGAUUGUAGUAAAGAAACGCUCCAGCGGGAUCUGGUGGUGGAUUUUUUUAACAGUCGGGAUCCAGCUGCUAAUUAUUCCCUUUUUUCAUUAGACCAAACAUUUUCCUAUUUAAUAUAAUAAUCUGAUUAUUUCAUGCUUAAAGAAAAUCCCAUCCAUAACAUCAAACUAACUGUGAUGUUCAGUCAUUACUACUGAGCAAAGGAAAACAUAAAAUGAUUAAAUAGACCCAUUAUACAGAUGCAGAAAUUUUAAUAAAA